CACACACACACACACACACACUAAACUCUCUCACUCCCACUGCAAAAACCAGAUGAUCAAUCUACAAACCCUAACUCCUCACCCCCUACCCCCAAAACCCAUCUCCCAAAUCCCACAAAAAUGAAAUCCCAUUCCCCAUUUUCAUUCACUUUCGCCUAAAACUCCCCAAAUUUUCCCUCACUUUCUCUGCUCCCAAACAAAAUCAACACCACAUACCAUUUCCCCUUUCUUUUCCCCCCAUACCCACCCACCAUGUUCUCGUCAUCCCCAUUCAUCCCAACAUUUCUUCUCCUUCUCUCUCUUCCCAUCAUCUUCCUCUUAGCCCCUCGCAUCCUACCUCCUCGUCAAAUCCCCAUCUCUCUCCCUGAUGAACUCGAUGACCUCGCCCUCUUCCAAAAGGCCUCAUCCGAAGCAUUAUCGCAUAAGACUUGGUCUCGAUCUCAAACUUCUUCAUCAUCAUCAUACCCAUCUUCCAAAUCCCGACUUGGAGCCACAAAUACCAAACCCAAGAUCGCAUUUCUCUUCCUAACCAACUCGAAUCUCCACUUCGCAACCUUGUGGGAACAGUUCUUCGGCAACACAUCUCACAAUCUGUACAAUAUCUACAUUCACGCCGACCCGACGGUGAAAAUUGAUCCACCAGGAGGUGUGUUUCAAGAUAGAUUCAUUCCAUCAAAACCAACUCAGCGUUCAUCACCGACACUCAUCUCCGCUGCCCGCCGCUUACUUGCCACGGCUCUUUUAGAUGACUCCGCCAACGCCUAUUUUGCACUCAUUUCCCAACACUGCAUACCGCUGCACUCUUUCAAUUUUGUAUACCACACACUUUUUGAUCUGAAAAUGUCCAAGAUGAGUCGAUUUCCAGAAUUUGAGUUCCGUAGUUUUAUUGAAAUUCUUUCCAAUGAAUCCACAUUGGGGGAUCGAUACAAUGCUAGAGGGAAAAACGUGAUGUUGCCAGAAGUUCCCUUUGAAAAAUUCAGAGUUGGGUCUCAAUUUUUCAUCCUAACAAGAAGGCAUGCCUUGUUGGUUGUUAGGGAGAGGAAGCUGUGGAGGAAAUUCAAGCUUCCUUGUUUGAGGGUUCAGUCUUGUUACCCCGAAGAGCAUUACUUCCCAACACUGUUGUCUAUGGAGGAUCCAAAUGGUUGUACACAUUACACACUGACUCGAGUUAAUUGGACAGAUAGUGUUAAUGGACACCCACAUACUUAUAGGCCUCCUGAGGUGUCCCCUGAGCUGAUUUACACGCUCAGGCAAUCGAAUUCGUCAAAUGAGUACUUGUUUGCCAGAAAAUUCUCGCCGGAUUGCUUAAACCCAUUGUUGGAAAUUGCCGAUUUGGUCAUUUUCAAGGAUUAAAUCCUGAUGCCGGAGAGGCAAACCAAUGGAAAAUUCUGAGGUUUUGCAAGGGGACAUUGUUGGAGUACCCUAUGGGAAUAAGGUUUUGAAGAGGCUAUGAAAUGCCCACAACCUAAGAAACCCAAAGAGUGUCAACUUAAGCAAAUAUGGAAGAGAUUUCAAAAGCAAAUUGAUCAAAUGUAUUGUAAGGUGUAGUUUGGUUAUGUAAAAUUAGUAGCGGAAGUUAUGUCCACCUGGGUAAUCCCCCUUUUUGUUGUGUGUGAUGUGAUGUACAUAUAUGGAGGAAUGUAAUGUGAAUGAACAAUAAAAGGGGCUUAGCCUCAGAAGAUUAAGCAGCUGUGCCAAGGCCAUUUGCUUUUUCUGCUGGGAAUUCCAUCUAUUACCCUUUGGAAAAGAUCCAAGGUGUGAAAUCCUCCUUUACCAC